AUGCUGGCAGUUGCUUCACUCAAACGCUCACUAGAAUUCGAUCCCGUCGAGCAAGGUGUGAAAAGAAAACGAGCUGAGUUAAAACUAUCGCCACCAUCCUCGCCCGUCUCAUCUUCAUCGACAACAUUUACUAAUCCAUCUUCUCCAUCCAAACAACAAUCGAUCUUCACCUCAUCGCCUUCAAAAAAUGCCUCAUUAGUUUUGAAAAAGCCCUGUUCGCUUACCGCUCUAACUUCCACAUCGUCAUCAACAACAACCGACGAUAUUCCCAUGUUCACGUACGCACAAACUGCUCAAAUGUGUGCUCAUCUACUCCGUGAACAAGAUCGGUCCUUACGCGAACAGUAUGAACAACUUCUCUCGACGAAACUUACUGAGCAAUAUGAUACGUUCGUAAGAUACACCCACGAUAACGUUCAUAAAGAUCAAUCAAAACAGCAUCGACUCUUUCAUUUUGGUCAACCGCAAGACACGAAUAAUAAUACAACAACCGUUUCCUUUUCAUAUGUUUCAUAG